AUGAGUACAGUCCUUGGAAAGCGAAAGAAUGUAAAUUCAUCUGCUUUUGAUCAAUCGAAGCGCAUUUCUGUUGAGACAAGACCUUAUGAGAACGGUAUCGCAUCCCUGUAUCCAGAUUGGUUAAAGGGAGAUUAUUAUCAUGUUUUCCCUCUUUUAAAAAGGUUACAUUCUGAUAUUUCUAAUGACCUUUCCUUAACUGGAACCUGUUACCCCGAUUUGGGAUAUGUAUUGCUAAACUCUAAAAACGCUUGCUAUGUGUUUAGUUACCAACAUUCCCAGACCUUAAAAGACCCUCCUACAAUUACCUUUCCUUUGCCUGAAGAAAGCGACGCCGAUGCUCCUGAGCUUAAUCCACUUACAGCUAUUGUUUCUUCAGACAUCCCCGAUAGAGAUCCAGGUCUUUUAAUUUUAAUGCCCGUAAGUGGACGUAUUGCCUAUUGGACUUGUAUAGGAAAUGCUCUCGCUCAACCCAUAGUGAAACCUCAGGGAAUGGAAAGUCAGUUUAAACUAUCGAGUAAUGAGUAUUGCUUACGGCUCUAUUGUGCGAAUCCUUUUCUAUACAUUGUAUCCACAAACUAUGGUCGACUUCUGUCCAUUAGUCUACGCGACUCCUCUGGUCUACCAAAAAUUUGUUUGAAUACAGUGGCCUCUCAUGGUGGAUUGUUGUCCAAGUGUCUUGAAAAGUUAAGAAUAAAAAAUCCCUUUGCUUCUUAUGCCGUUUCUAUCAUGUCACCUCCUCUUUCGUCCUCUUUUCGACACCUUUUAUAUGUGACUGAUUCUUCGGGUUUAGUGGAUAUUUAUAAUUUGAAGGAUGAAACUAUGCACGUUCGCGUUGACCUUACCCCUACUUUUUUAAAGGUCCUAGAAGAAGCUGAAAUGAUUCCUGAAGAUUUCCUAUUUCUCGACUCCGCAAUCACAUCUCAAGAUGGUGACUCAAUAACCUUUCUCUGCUCUUGGAAAUAUGGGUUAAGAUACAAGUAUUCUCUUUACACAUGUGAUUUUUCCAAUAUAGCAAAUCCUCAUCUAAUGUUUGUUCAUUCCUUAGGCUAUACUUCCUCAAAAAAGCAACGGUUAAAAAUACAAUAUGCCUCGUUCGGACCAUGUUUCAUUCUUGUGUCCCCCAGUGCUGUAAUAAUCUUAAAUACCCGCAUGGAUUUGGAUUAUAAUACAAUGUAUUGUUAUCGGGAGGACGUUAUUCGGUUCAAAUCCGAUAUUUCCGGUGGUAUCAUAGCGUCUGGAUGCAAACAACUCUCCUUAGGUAUAAAAUCAUCGCACGCUAAUCCAAAGCUUUCUUGUUUGGUUGUUACAUCCAAAACUGGUGUUACUGAAAUUGAAAUUCAAGAUGAUGCUCAACAAUUAGAUGCUGUUGAAUCCUUGAAAAGGAAAAUUGAAGAAGCAGUCUUUUACGGAUAUGUAUAUGAAAAUCCAUUGGAUUUCAGUUGGAAAACAAUUCCCAAACUUAAGGUUUCUGAAAUUGAAAGACUUAUUUAUUCAAUCGGAAAAGAAAUCUUAACGUCUUCUUCUUCUCACUUACCUCCUGUGCUGCCCUCGUUAAUACAGCAUUUGGAUUUAAGAUUAACCUAUUUGAACAAUUUGGUUCGCUACGUUAAAGACAUUCCCUAUGAUAUAAGUGAUGGAUUGCUGUUUUCUUUGCGUAUCUUAGGUGAGAAGUGCAAUGCCGCAAGAUCUCUUUGGGCAACUAUCGAUUUAGAGAUGAGCACCGCAAGUCGUUCGUUGAUUUUCCAAAGGAUCAUAUUUAAGUUGGGGAAGGAGACCCAGCUAGAUAAAUCUGUUCGGAAUUGGUUCAUGCAGAGUAUUGAUAACAUAGAGCAACUUAUAAUGCAAGCUCAUAAUUUUUGUGUUGACUCUGCCUCAAGGGUUCAAGAACUUCCAAUUGAAGUCAUGAAUGUUAUACUAGAGUCCAAUGAGAUUAUUCUGGCUAUUUUAUCAUCGGCGUUGAGCUAUCGUGUCGAGACUCAUGGUAUUUACGAUAUUAGCGCUGACUCUUUUGAAAAGGAAGUACCAUGGACUUCUACGCCAGAUGUUUUGACGGCUCUUACACGUCAAUUUGAGCUUACAAAGUCUGCUUUAUUUCAAUUCCAACAAGGGGAGCGGGAUUCUGGAAAAGAACUACUUUCGAAAGACAAAGAUGUUGUCAGAAAUGCUUUAUCGAACAUGCAGGUUCAACUCGUUGUAUUGACUGAAGUAUGUUUUAAUGCUUAUGCCGAAAGACUCGGCUGGUUAAGUGAAAACGAGAGCGAUAGAAUCCAUGAAAAGGAGUUAGAAGAAGCAUUUACAAUGAAUAGAAAAUUUUGGAUUCAAACUUUGUUUGAGAUUGGCCAGGGCAAAAAUGCCUUGCGCGUCGCUGAGAAAUAUCGAGACUACCGGUCAGUCGUAGAAUUGUGUUAUCAAUUCUUUGCGAAAAAAGAACUUGACAAGCAAAUUGAUGGAUAUCUUUUAAAGUUUGGUAAAGAAUUUGCUUUCGUCUUGUAUGAUUUUUAUGUGGAAAAAGGAAUGUCGGUGGAAUUAUUGAAUAGCGAUAAACAUAAGUCAAAUUUCCUUACAGAAUACUUUACUUAUCGAGGCUAUAAUGAAGUGUCAUGGAUGCACGAUAUGCGGGAUAAAAAUUACGAGCUUGCCUCACAUAGAUUAUUACAACUGGCCAACAAAAAAGAAAACUUGGUUGAAAAGAAGGAAAUUGAGCUAUCUCUAGGAAAAAUAUUCUUGUAUGCAAAUCCGAAGGGUCCGGCGAAAUCCAAGGAUCUUGUAUUGGUAGAACAGAAAUUAGAACAAAUUCACAUCCAAAAAAUGAUUGAAAAGACGAUCAUGCCUGUUGUUCAUCGCCUUCAGUUACAGGGGAAAAAAUACCAUCUGGUGGAAGCAACUAUUGAGGAAAUAACGGAUGGUAAACCUAUUCCCGUCCUUGCUCGGCAAGUGAUGCACCGAGUAAUCAAAUGUUUGAUUGAUCAUCAAGUCAUAGCAGUUACCGAGCUGAUUGAAUAUCUGAGCUUCUCUUUGUAUAGAAAAAAUGAACUUCAAAUGGACGAUAUGACAGAUUAUUAUUUCGCAUUGCGUUUAUUGCUAACUACAAGGUUGACAGAUGAAGCGAAAAGGUUUUUUGAAGAUACAAUUUGGCGAAGGGCUGUGUUGAACGACAAAUGGUCUCAAAUUUUAGAUACCAAGGACAAGAACGACGCUGCCGUAGAAGCCGAAGUGAGAAUGACUGCCUUGUAUCAAACCUUACGCUUAACGACGAUAAACGGUUUAUUUCAAGAAGGUUUGACGAAGCCUACAUCUCUUUCAUCCUUUGCGUUCGACAAGAACACUUAUGGUAGCAUUGCCAUGAUUUACUCGCCGGCAAAAUUUGGAGACACGCAAGAAGUAAUUAAAGUAUUAAAUCGUGAAAGCCAUCUUUUGAAGCACUAUUUAGAGAAAACAAGCUUGAACACUUGGUUCGUUAGCAUGUCUCUUAGUUGUGAUAGUUUCUAA